UUUACGUCACCUGACGUCACUUUCCAGCUGGGCAAUUGUUUGUUUAUAUCGCAUAAAGGUAGAAGUAUGUUCGUGAGAGUACGAGUAGUGUUGCAGAAGUAAAUAAUAGAAAAUCUGCGCUAUUUUGAAUAUGACUGACGAAGGUGAUAGUGAAGGUGUUACAGACUCACCCAGAAGAGGGCCAACUUUGUCAACAAGCACAAGUAGCUUUGAAGCCCUCGACCCACACGAUCCGAACUUAAGUCGCCUUGCCACAAACAUGUUCCAGAAAACGGCAGAUUAUUUGUAUGGAGAGCUGACAGCCACAUUGGACGAUUAUCGUUUGCUGGAAGCGAUGAAUCGUGCUACGAUUACAAAAUAUGCUGACAUGAAGCAGAUUGCUGGAAGUGUUUCGAAGACUAUGGCGGAACUGAAUGAGAAACAUAAGAGCCUGCAGCCAUACCUUGAGCAGAUUGAUCAAAUAGAAGACAGUGUUACUAAACUGGAACAGGCUGCCUAUAAGUUAGAUGCCUACUCUAAGCGACUUGAAGCAAAGUUUAAAAAUUUGGAAAAGAGGUAAUGUGGCAUAACUCAAAUGAAUAGUGCAGCAGAGAAGUAGAAACAGCAGUGAAAAUUACUUGUCAGAAUAACAGUUCAUGAUACUUGUGCUGUUCUGUUACCUACCAUGAUACAUGGUAUAAUAUUAAUUCUGCAGUGACUGUAUGGAAUUAUGAGUUGUGUAGAACUAAUGAAGUUUGAAAUUAUGAUUGCCCCUGUAGUAACCUUAUUUAUGUGUUCUGUGUAGAAUGGGGCUAUCUGUUGUUGUGAUACAUAAAGUACGCAAAGACAUUUAGCACUGAUAUUCAGAUUAUGCUGAUAUUCAGUAUUUGUAUUUAUUGGAAGGAAGUUGAGAUAAGUCUAAUUUCUGCAGUAGAUGAAUAUUUCUAGUCACUUUUCCCAACAAGUGGGCCGUUACAUUUACUCACAGUAGAAUACAGAAGUGAACUACAGAAAAAGGCAGAAGUGAAAAGUGAACUUUGUCGACUAGCAUUCCUUGCUUCUUCCCCCCCCCCCCCCCCUUCC